UUUGUGACUGGGAGAAAUGAUGUGGAAAAAAAGUAACUAGUUGUUAUACAUAUAUACUCAGUUUGUUCGAGGUUUCUCCUUUUAACAAGAAAAAGCAGCAUGUGGAAAGCGGAAGAUUGAGUGAUAUUGAACAAAGCAGUAAGUGGAUACACACAGAGUGGUGGUUAGUCGCUUUAGAGAAUGACAGUCAUCGAGCUUUUGCAACUUUUACUUCUGACGUUUGUUAUGAGAAUUUUGUCGGGAUACAAGAGUUUGGCACAGGCAGCGGAGAGGAAAACAACUUGUGGGAUUAGUCGUCUGCCGGACACCUUGGACAUGAUGCUGACCUGCUACUUCUACGAUAACAUUAGUGCUGUCCAGAAAGACUUCACUGUGUUUCUCUACCAAGGAAAAGAAAGCCCAAAGCCAGUGGUAUUGUGCGGGUGGAGUCCGGAAAUUACCUGUUACGUGGCCCCUGGGUACGAGUACACGUACGACAUUGAUGUUCACCCUGAUCACACCAAAGUCCGGUUACUCAACUCUGGCGCAGAGCAUGUCGGGAUGUACACCUGUCAGGUGAUGGGUGAGAGCGAUACUGGAACUUGCAGACUUACCGAGAAACAAAAUCAUCUGUUCCUGGUCAACGGUGUUCACAACAGGACAGUGAGCGCCAGUGAGGACUCCCCAGUGGAGAUGGUGUGUCAGUCGGACACGUGGACACCAACUCGCAUCAUCAGUGUGGUUGAUGGCGACCGUCUGCUCGCUAGCAGGUCCAGUAAUGAGAUGCUGAGUGGACGGUUAAGAUACAUGAUAAAUAAAACUCGAUGUGAAGACACGGGUGACUACAGGUGUGAGUUUGCUGACACAACACGACUAUUCUACUCUGAGACGGUCAGACUACUUGUUCCUUGUGCUCCAAGAAAGAAAACAGAAGAAGGACUCUCUCCCUUUGUAGUCAAUAACGAUAGCAACGGUCAUGUAAGUUUUGAGAUGAUAGCAUAUCCAAUACCAAACGUCAAGACAUACUACAAACUCAAACUCAACUCCAUUGAGCCAAUUAAAGACAGAAUGCAAACCACUUGUGCUUCCGAAAGCAUGAAAUUUGCAUCCAUCAUCUGUAACAUCACUGUCAUCAAUGUGACAAAUGCUGAUGACGGCGCUCAGUUCAUGGUUGUUUUCAGCAAUAAUUUGGGUGAACUACCUUUCACUUUCAGGAUCGGACUGAAUGGUAAGUUACUUGACAAAUAAUAAAUCCUCGUGAGAUGUUGUUUGUACUGUGUAUAUGUAAAAUAAAAUGUUGUGAAAACGGUGACGCCAUGUUUACAAACUCGGGUGAUCUCGGUUUUGCUUUUUAAUUGACUUUAACAUUCAUCUCAAGGUUUUUUUCUCAAAAUGGAAAUGGAGGAAGUGAAGGUCUGGGAAAAGUGCGGGUGUGACGGGGUGAGAGAAGAGAUCGUCAAUUACUAACCAGACCCGAAAUCACCCGAACUAUUGUGGAGUAUGUGAGAGUAUGUAGUGAAAGGAUAGUUUAAUUGAAAACACACACACACAGAUACCAGUAGAGUGGGCUACACUUAUCUACUCCGGCUGUCGCAUACAACGUUUUAAAUCGCGGAGAGUACUUGGAAAAAAAGCAAUCACAUUUGUAUUGACACUUAAGUGUUAAAAUAUCAUUUUCUUGUUUGAAAAAAAUGCCAUCGACGACAACAAACAUCAUAAAAAAGUAAGUAAACUUAAGCUAUAAGUAUAUUAAUUUUACUGAAUUUUGAAUAAAAAUAGUGGAUAAUGUUUUUGAUAAUUAUGAAAAUAAAAGCACAUAGGUUUUACAAGAAACUGCUCUUUAUAAAUGUUUAUGUAUUGCAUGCAUCCUGUUUAUGUAUUUUAAUACAUACUUAUUAAUGUCUGAUUACAGUAUUAAACACGUGGCAGAACUGAAAAGUCGGUUGUGGGGACAACUCGAACAUAAGUGGCAACUUUACCUCAGAGGCAGAGAGAACACUGUGAUGAAAUACAGUUAGAUGUGUG